UUGGACAGUUACACCGCAAAUUGUAAAUUUUGCGCCACGUUGACUGUAUUUGUGAUAAUAUUAUCAAUAACUUUGUGUGUUAUUUUACAGAAUAAUGGAUUCAAGAGAUGAAGUUGUAUUAGCCCUAACAGAUGAUAUGUAUACUGGAUCAUCUUCAUCCGGUGGACCUCAUAGCCAGUCAACAAAACGUUUAGCAUUAAUCGGUCAUUUCUUAUUUCGUUCCCUGGCACUGAUUAUCUACAUCCUAUGUGCAUGGUUUACCGCUUCAUUCAUUGUACCAUUCAUCUUCAUAUUGGUUUGUUUAUCGUUAGAUUUUUGGGUAGUGAAAAACAUCUCUGGACGUAUCCUCGUUGGUCUACGUUGGUCAAGUUAUACAGAUGAACAGGGGACACUACACUGGCGUUAUGAUUCACGUAAACCAUCUCCGAUAGACACUGUGGACAUGUCAACACUGAGUCGUCGUGAAUUGGCUGCUCGUGUUGCUAGGCAACAGUUGGCUCGUUUAUUUUGGAUUGGUUUAUUUACAAGUCCUACACUAUGGUUUAUGUUUCUACUAGCAGCUGUAUUUUCAUUACAUCUACGUUGGGGUUUAGUAUGUUGUAUUGCUCUGUGCAUGAACUUGGCUAAUGUUUAUGGUUAUCUACGUUGUUGGAUUGGCGGUGGUAAUAUCAAUGAAAAUGCUUCAAAUAUGCUUUCAGUUAUCAAGACUUCCGUGAAGAAUAAAGUAUUCAGUAAUUUAUGGCCCACUGCUAUGAUGGCGGGUAAAACAGAUUUGAAUGCGUCUGGUGGUGGCAACACCGGUGCUAGUAGCGGAUUGCCUUUGAUCGCCUGAAGAAUGUGUAAACCUCUUCACAAUUACGGUUUCUUCUAUACAUAUUGUAAAGUAAAAUUGACUAGUGUUGUUGUAAUAUUCGGUAUUUUGAAUCAGCUGUGAUAUCUACGUAUAUAUAUGUACCAUAUAUAUGUGCACACAUACACAUCACUUCACAAUCGUCCCUUCUUCUUCUUGUUCCCCUUUUUGAAAAGAUACGCCACUGACUGACUGACUGAUAUUGAUUGAUUGUUUUCAAGGAUAAUUCAUCGCGAUAAGACGCUUAAUUGUGUCAUCCAUCAUAUGUAGCCGAAUCAGUGUCAGAUCACUCACUGACGCCUGCCUUAUUUUUCAAGUUGGGGGGGGGUGAGGAUUUUUCUACCCCACACACACAUAAGAACGAACACGUUGUUUCGCAGUGUAAAUUUAAUUGUUAUCGUUGUUUUUUUAUUGCUUUGAUUUUAACUUUAUUUUUUUUGUGUCGCCAUUAUGAUAAAGUUCUCUUUUCGGUGCUUCUUUGUUCCCUGUUUCUCUUCUCUCUUUUUUUUUAAAAAAAUUGUCAAAAAGGCUGUUUUAAUAAGAAAGGACAAACUCUGA